AUGAGUAAUACAGAUAAUCAACAUAGUCAUAGUAGAAAAGUAUUUAGAACAUCAAAUAUCGAUGAUAAUUUCGGUGAUGACGAUGACGAUUUGUUAUCAAGACAACUGUUAGAACAACAACAACAGUUCUUAAAGAGUGGAGAAGCACCUUCCGCUAAAGUUGUCAAAGUUGACACUAAUAAUAAUAAUAAUAAUAAUAUAAAUAAACAACAAGUAACAGAAAAAUCAACUGCACCGACUUCAACUUCAACCUCGACCUCUACUUCAACCUCUACUUCAAGAUUUAAAAAUAAGUUUGUUGGUACUUCAAAAACGGCUAAUAAUAUACCUAUUAUUGAAGAUGUUGUAGAGAAAGAUAUAGUUUCCUUAAAUGAUAAUGAUAGUGGUAGUAGAAGUAAUAAAGUAAAUAUUGGAGGUAGUGGAAAGAGAAAAGGAGUAGUGGAUGAUGACGAUGAUGUCUCAAUGCUUCCACCUCCAUUUGUUGUAAAUCCAGAUGCAUAUAGAGAAGAACAGCAACAACAUGGUAACAGCGAAGAUAUGGAGAGAAUGCUCGAUCAACAUGACCAACAUAUCACUUCUGUAAUCUCAAAGAUCUACGAGAGAGAUGUCACCGAUUCACUCUUUGAGCCACCAAAGAAGAAGAAUAGCAAUCAGUCAUUCCCCGUACCAAUGCACCGAUCGUUCAAGUCAUUCGGUAUGAAAAACAACAAGUCAGCAACAUCUACAGAAAUGGAUACAGACAAUAAUAAUAAUAAUAACGAUGAACAAUCAUUAAUUGAUAAAGAGAAUCGUGAUAAGAUGCAAUCGAUGUCAGAGAAAGAGAUUCUCGAGAAUCAAGAGUAUCUAUUGAAGCAUUUGGAUCCUGCGUUGGUCGAGAAACUGAGAGCAAAGCGAGCGAACCAACAACCACGACCUGAACAACCAAAGCCAAAGGAUGGCAAGAGAACAACACAACUGCACCCGAUUGAAUCGAUAUUAGAGAGUCUACAGAAUCAUAAAGAUUCUCAAGUCAAACCAAUGGAUAUUGAUAAUAGUGAAGAUGAUGAUGAUGAAGAUAAUAAGGUAGGAGUAAAGGAAUUGGAUGACAGUGAUCAACAACAACAAUUACAAGAGAAUGAUAUGCCGGAAUGGAUGAAAGAUUUGACACAAGCCGAUAGAACCAAACGAGAGUUUAGAGAAUCGGUUAUCAACUUUGUGGAGUGGCGAUUCGAUUUCAAUGGUGUGGUGAUUCAGAGUGGUCAAGAUAUACCUGUACACCAAGGAUUGCAUCAUCACGGUGAUGAAGCUGCAGAGGCUGGCUACACAAUCAACGAACUCAUUCAACUUGCCAAGAGUACAAACAUUGGACAGUCAUCGGUUACCCUAAGAACGAUAUCAUUCAUCUUGCAAAAGAUACACAAUGGUUAUUAUCCACAUAAAAAAUCAUAUUUGUUUAGAGAGAUUCUAAGAUUAAAGUUACCGAGAUUGUUGAGAACUUUGAUCGAUUCGAAAGUACCUACUGUUUUGUCAGCUGCCAUUGGUUGUUUGUAUAGUUUGAUUGUACCAAAGGCAGAGGAAGAGGAGUUGGAAAUGAUAGAGUCGAGAUGUCAUCGUGCACUGGAAUCGCUCGCAAUCAAACCGAAGCCAAUCGCUAAGACAACGCAGUUCGAAGGUAUGAUACCUGGCCAGCAAGAUCAGCAACAACAACAAGAGAUGUUGGAUGACGAUGAGCGGUGCGCACGUGAUCUACUCGAGGGUUUGGUGGAGAUGGGCAUUCUCAACCGUUUUAGAUAUCUGCUGGUGAACGAGGGUCUUACUGCCAUCGAUUAUCGUGCGCGUGCAUCGCUGAUCCUCGAGAUUCUCACGAGAAUGUCGCGUCACUCUGCCGAGAUGUCAGAGCAGAUCGUAAAGUGUCACUAUCUCAUCGAUGUCAUCAAGGAUGCCAUACUGGUGAGAAAGGACGAUGACGCCGUACUGAAAGUCAAGGCAAUUCGACUCGUUAGAAGAUUGUGUCAGUCGUCGCGAACCAUUGCCGUACAACUAUUUAGUCAACCAUUCAAUCUAUUUGAAUCGAUAAAGAACUAUUGGAACAAUAGCAAUGCAGUCGACCAAUCUAUUCUAUUGGAGAGUUGCAAACUCUUUAGAGUGAUGGUGGUCUAUCAUAUCAAUCUUCCGUACUUUAUCGAGUUCAUUACUACACCAGCAUUGAACUUUAUCAAGUUAUUUACAGAGUAUAUCAAUAACUACUCUUAUGAUAUAUCAAAUAAUGAAAAUAAUAACAACAUCAAAGACAACAAAGACAACAACAACAACAAUAAUAAUAAUAGUAUGGAUAACCUUAGAAGUAAUCAAUUCCUUCAAAUCGUUAGAUCAAUCUAUAAUCUUUUAGAUAGCAUACUAUUCACAUUCGAUUUGAAUAAUGAUCAAUCAACUGCAAUAUUUGAUAAGAUAUCAUCAUAUGUUGAACCUGCCUUUAUUGCAUCACAUACAUUAAGUGUUAUUGUACAGGUUGAAUCUAGUUUCCUAACAUAUGUUGUUAUUGGAUUACAUUCUUCUAUCAUUCAUUUCAUUGGAAGUUAUUUCUCUAUUGCCGGUUCAUUGAUAAAGACACCAUUGCAAUUCAGUAAACUACAAUUAUCUUCUACCAACAAUACAGCAGCUGCAUCUUCUGCAUCAAAGUCGUCCAACACUCACCAGAAUAUCCAAGAUCUAAUUGAAGGUACAACCGUUAAUUUGUUUGGUUCAAUCUUUGGUACUACUCUCUAUCAAGAUAUGAAGAAGAAGGUGCUCUCUUUGCUUCCGACACAAUCGACACCUGCCGACACCAACAAAGAUACCAUCUGUAGAUACUACGACGGUGAAGUAUGCGAAUGGUGGCUAUCCAUCACCAGAUAUCUACUGUUUAGCAUCCAACAAAACCGUGUUAUCUCCAAGAUGAUAUUCCAUCUUGACAAGGCUGACUUUUUCAUUCAACUUCACUAUAUCUUGGUAUCCACUGUUGAUUAUAAAAGUAUUCACUUUGAGGAAGAUAGAAAUCUUUUAUUAACAAACAAUAGAUCUAAAACUUAUUUAUAUUACUUCUUAUUAAAACUAAUGAAUGAACUUAGAUUUGAAACUGAUGAAUUCGAUCCAAGUUUCUCAAAGUUCCAUCAUUCCUCAAGUAUGUCUGUUAUCCAAAACUUUAUUCCAAAUGAUGAUGUAUUGCUAUUCGAUUUGCUACAGAGUGUAACAUUGCAUCCGGACUAUCUUUCAAUGAUUGGAUGUACCAAAGUUCAGAGUGUAUCAACCAUUCUAAUGUCAUUCUAUCAAGAGAAGUUCCUUCCACCAACAACUAUUGAAUAUUCUAAACAAUUCCAAGCAACAAAAGAAACUGUUGAGUAUAUUCCACAAUCACUGUUGAUAUCUUUUGAAACAUAUGACUCGCUACUACCACUUGCCUACGAUUGGUACAAUACACCGUUCGAGUAUCUCUAUAACGAGUCACAGCGCGUGCCCAGAAAACAACAAUCCGGUUUCGAUGACAACUUUGGUGACUUUGAUGACGACGAUGACCAAGACGAGAUUGACGCCGAAUCACAACCACUCAUCGAACACAACUUGAUAUUCAUACAAUCGCUCUUUGGCGUUGGCUCCGAAUAUAUACUAUCGAUACCACUGGAGAAUGUCUAUCAGCAUCUGAUGAUGGUAUUCCUGGUGAAGAACGAACCGUGGGCAAACAAUACAAUCUCCACCGGUUUGAAUCAGAUGUUUGGAUUGCUACUCAACCGACUCUCACUGGAGAAGGCAGAGAACGACGACCCCGUAGUGGAGUUUGAUUUCCUUCAGUAUUUCGGUGACCGAUUCUUCCAGUUCCUCACGGAUUUCAUGGCCAACUUUAUCUCGUCGUCGUUCUCCUCCGAUGUCUACUCAACGUAUCUCUGGAUAUUCCUGCGUCAAUUCUAUCCAACGAAAUUCCGAACUUUGAUUUGGAAUGAGUUGUUCCAAUCGCCACAGUACUUGAGUGCACCCACAGUGACAUCGAACGUCGGUAGCAACAAGGAACUGCCACUUGGCGACAGUGGAUACAUGCAACCGGCCGAACAAGAUCUCACAAUGAUCCAGAUCUACAAGAAUGCAGUUGUACAAUCAAAAGUAACAAAAACCAAAGCACCCAUUCUCUACAAGAUCGCCAAACAUCAUCUACUACAAUACCUAUUCGCUGGCAAGAGUAACGAUGAAAUCUUAAAGAAUACAGUCAACAUUGAGAUUAUUAAAGAUAUUUUAUUAUCAUCUUCAAUUGAAUCAGUUAAAGAUAUACUUUUAUUGAAUGAUAAUGAUGAUGAGAGUAGACAAUUAAGAAAAGAAUUAUUAUUCCAAAUUGCAGGUAACGAUAAAGAGUUAAUUAAAGUAUUGAAUGGUCAUCUAUAUGUUUAA